AUGCGUCUUACUCUUUUAUCAUUAAAAAAGAUAGAAGCAGAGAUCAAUGACGAGACAGAACAGUGUGCUUUUGGCGAGACAGAAAGAAUCGUUGAGGAAAAAGACAUCAUAGCUGAGAAAGACACAGAGUGGGGUAGACAAAUAAAUAGAAGAGAAGAUAGGCUUGUUGGGACUGAACGAUUAGAGAAUGAGAAAAGGAGGAAGUUACAAGUUCGCGUAUGGACAUUGCACCCAGCAUGUGAUACCGUAUGUGCUGUUAAGCAUUUGGUGAAAUUAGCAGGAUGUGAGCAACAAAUGGAACGAGGAUGA